CGAAGAAAAUUCAGACAAAACUGAAAAACUAAUAAAAUUAUAAAAGUUAUGUAUGAUCAAUUUUGUGAAGAAGUGUUGAAAGUUUUAGACCUCGUAAUCUGCAGCAUUAUUGGCAGGAUUUCUCAAGAGUCGUUAAAAAUUUAAAUGCUGAAUUGUUAUCAUCCACGGCUUGAGUGCAAUCAACUUGAUCACUUUGGGUAACAUUAGUAAAAGUUAGCAUGGCGUCUACGAAAAUCUCAGCACCACCGUCGGGCACUCGGCCGAUGCUUGUGCGUUUGCAUCCUGUGGCUAUCGUUGGCAUUUGCGAUUUGUAUGAACGGAGAAAAGACAAAGCUAAUCGUGUAGUGGGUACUCUGAUGGGACGAGUGGAAGGGGAUGUGGUGGAAGUCACUAAUUGUUUCGCGGUUCCCCAUGAUGAAGGCGCACAGACCCCUUUACGUAUGGACACUGACUUUGCGCAAAAUAUGAUUGAGUUAACGAAGCGAGCGAGUCCGCAAGAAGAUGUCGUUGGAUGGUUUUCCACGCGACCAGCAGUUCUUGACACAUCAUUUUACAUUCACGAUUUCUAUGUCCGGCUAAGUAAUCCGAACAUUAUCCACCUUACGAUCGAUUGCACAGCAGAAUCGGAUCGGAUGCCGAUCAAAGCAUACGUUCAUUCUACUCUGGGAAUCCCUCAAACCUCUAAAGACCCAAAAGAUCCCAGUUCUCGGUUCGAACAGGCCGCUCUCUUCGCGCAGGUGCCUGUGGAGAUAUAUUGCUGGGAUGCCGAACGUGUUGGACUGGAUUUAAUUACGAAUGGUCGUCUGGAUCCUGCUCGAGUGGUUAACAUUCCCACUGAUACGGAUCAAGUAUUGCAGACAGCGAAGCUUUUGGAUGACAUGUUAGAAAGCCUGUUGUCUCAUGUUGGUAAAGUUUUGAAAGAUGAAGUGCCCGCUGAUCCUGAAAUUGGGCGUGCGCUGAUGGAUAUAAUGGGUACCAUUCCAAAGAUGGAUGACGAAGCGUUUGAGAAAAUGGUCAAUUCUAGUCGAAAGGACGUGUUGAUGGUGAUGUAUUUGGCAGAAUUAGCGAAAGCGCAGUUGGCUCUUCAAGAAAAGGUCAAUGUUCUGCCGUAAUUGCCUGUAGGUACCAGCUUUUUAAGAUUUACCUUGAUAUUUAUUGACGAGCAAGGAAGUUCGUCAUCGUUUGCUGAAGGCGCAUCUCUUUAAUUCACACCAUGUUUUACUUAAUGAUUUACUUUGUUUCUUUUUUAUUCUCUCGGAAUAUCAUGGUUGUUUUUUCACUGCUAACUUUUCAGUUUCGACAGAUAGGUGGUUUAUUGUGUCUUCAUGAUCACUGCGCUAAAAGGUUUGCGUCAGAGCAUAAAACAGACUGCGGGUUU